CCAAAAUGACUAUAUAUUUAAUUAAAGAAUAAUUAAAGAGCAAGUCACCCCCUACCAGAGUCUAACUCCACUCCCACUUCAUGUUUGAAAAAUGCAACAAAUGCUGUUGCCUGGCAGACCGAGAGGGCGGAGCCACUAACAAAUACACACAUACAGGCUCACAACAGCAUUGUGACAUCAUAAUGUACCAGUUUACAUCAUAGCAUACCUCUUAACCAAUAGCGGUGGCAGAUUUAAAUUCAAAUACAGUGCAGAGUUUUUACCUGACAAUGGCACAACACUGACAGUUUUAGGCAGAAUAUUUAAAUUUUAACUAAGAUGCACUGAAGUGCCAAAUUAUUGACCACACGUGUCUGCAGCACGAUUAGACACUCGUUUAUUUAGUUUAUCAGCAAAAAAAGUAGAUUUGGGGGUGACUUGCUCUUUAAGGGUCAUGAAGAACAAGUGGUGCUGGUUGACUGAGAUCUUCCUUCAAUCAAGUGAUUUUGUGAUGAAUAUUUCUGCCUGUCGGAGCCAAAGAGCAGUCAUCUCUAAUGUUAACAUCAGCACACCAACACAGCUGUCGGUGUAACAUAAAGGCUCGUUUUGGAAUUUCUUCUGCAGAAACUGAAAGCCAGAUCACAUUCUGCACAUGCAACAUGUCAUGAAAAACAUUUCAUCUUAUAUCCUCAGCUUGUACAAUUAGAGAAAUGGACAAAAGGAAGUAAAAUCUUCAAUUUUUUAUUUAAUAAUAAAGAUGGGAAAAUAGGGCUUAGAGGGGCAGAGGUCACAUGACAAUAAGUGUUUUCGUGUUCACUAGCUGAUAAAAAAAAUACUUCCUUUUUAUCCUCUGGGGAGGCUCCUCUGCAGUCCAAACUGUCCAGAAGUCCUGCCGCUCAGUAUAGACAAAGAUGAAGUUUCUCUUCAUUUCUAUCUGUCUUUUAUCAGUUGUUGCUCUCCUAAAGGGAACCAAGGAGCUUGAGCACAUUUUGCUGAGGUUCUCGUUUCCUCCGUUUUACAACCGCUACAACAAGUUCUGCUGCAAGCUGUACCCAAGAGGAUGUUACCAGCUACUGGACACCUCUGGAUUUACCUGCGAUCUGCUGAGAGGAAGAGUUACAAUAACAGAGGAGAUUGGCUGGAUUGAGUUUGAAAUAUCAAAUGUGCAGACAUCAGAUGCAGGAUACUACAGAUGCGGCAUUCUGGAAGCUCCAAACUACGUUUACAGGGAUUAUUAUGUCCAGGUCUUUGAAGCUUCAGAUCACUACAGCCACACUCAGCCUUCAGUGAUAGAAACCAUCAAAGGUCCCGACAGCUCCACAGCAAUACCAGAUUCCACAGUUCUGAGAGCUCCCUGGAGUUUUGGUCUGCCACUCAUUGCUGUGGUGUCCAUCACAGGGACGAUUUUUAUUAUUUUACUGAUCGGUGCGGUUUACUACAGAUUCAAAGUCAAACACAGAAAAUCAGGCACAGUAGGAGGAACUCAGUGUGAGCAUAUUUAUGUCGAUGAGUGUGAGUCACUAAAACAAGAGGUCCCGGAAAAGACUAGCAUUGUCUACACAACAGUGGACUUCAGGCGUCACCGGAGACCCGAGGAGGUUUAUGAAAACUUGGAGACGAUGCUGGACGUACAAGCAGAGCAUGAUGGGAUGGUGGAGUACUCCACACUGGCAAUUCAAGAGUGAUUUCAGAUUGUUAUAAAAACCAUAACAACAGAUGUGUGUGUGUGUGUGUGUGUGUGUGUGUGUGUGUGUGUGUGUGUGUGUGUGUGUGUGUGUGUGUGUGUGUGUGUGUGUGUGUGUGUGUGUGUGUGUGUGUGUGUGUGUGUGCAGAUUCUUUUAACCCUCUAUUGCCCUAACUAUGUUGAGCUGCCUCUAAGUGUCCAUUUGAAGUCUUUCUGUAAAACAUAAAUAUUGAAAGCCUUUGUAGAUAUCUUCCUGAAGAGUUUCUGUUUGGAGAUCAAAGUGUUUUGCUCCCAUCUUCAUUCAGCCCCAUUAAAUUCCAAAUAUGUUCAUUGAA